AUGUCCAAGCAGACUUACAGCUUUUGCUUCUGCUUCCGCCGCCGCUUCAGUCUCCCCGUGUCGGAGGCCCCUCCGGAGAUAAGGACCCUUUUCGACCGUUAUUCCGAUGAGAAUGGAAUCAUGACAGCCUCUCACGUCCGCGGUUUCCUGGUUGAGGUGCAGAAGGAGGAGAGUGUCACUGAGGAGGAAGCACAGGCCAUCAUCGAUGGCCACAAGCAUCUCAGCAUCUUUCACCGGAGGGGUCUCAAUCUUGAGAGUUUCUUCAACUACCUCUUCAGUAGCAAUAAUAAUCCACCUCUCUCGCCUUCUCUCGGGGUGCACCAAGAUAUGUCUUCACCGUUGUCUCAUUACUUCAUUUAUACUGGUCAUAAUUCCUAUCUAACUGGGAACCAACUAAGCAGUGACUGCAGUGACGUCCCCAUCAUCAAGGCACUGCAGAAGGGUGUAAGGGUGAUUGAAUUAGAUAUAUGGCCUAAUGAAUCAAAGGAUGAUGUGGAUGUUCUUCAUGGAAGGACAUUGACAUCUCCUGUGGCCCUCAUCAAAUGUUUGAGGUCUAUUAAGCAGUAUGCUUUUGUUGCCUCAGAAUAUCCAGUUGUAAUAACCUUAGAAGACCACCUUACUCCCGAUCUUCAGGCCAAAGUGGCUGAGAUGAUUACUCAAACAUUUGGAGACAUACUAUUUUCUCCUGGCUCUGAAAGCUUGAAGGAAUUUCCUUCUCCUAAAUCGCUUAAAAGGAGGAUUAUCAUAUCAACCAAACCACCUAAGGAGUACAUUGAGGCAAAAGAAGUUCAGGAAAAGGGGGAGGGAUCACAAAAGGAAAAGCCUGUAGAUGAUGAAGAAGCAUGGGGGAAAGAAGUUCCUAGUUUGAGAGGUGGCACUAUUUCUGAUCACAAGAACAUCGAGGAUGAGGAUGAUCUUGACAAUGAAGAUGAUACUGAUGAAGCAGAAUAUUCACGUCAAAAUGCAUCAGACGAAUACAGACGUUUAAUUGCCAUUCAUGCUGGGAAGCCUAAAGGUGGAUUAACAGAAUGCCUCAAAGUGGAUCCCGAUACAGUGAAACGUCUAAGUUUAAGUGAGCUACAACUUGAAAAGGCUGCUGAAACUCAUGGCAAAGAAAUCAUAAGGUUUACUCAGCGGAAUAUACUGAGAGUGUAUCCAAAAGGCACUCGUAUUGCCUCAACAAAUUAUAAUCCAUUGAUCGGGUGGAUGCAUGGAGCCCAGAUGGUUGCAUUCAACAUGCAGGGAUACGGUAGGUCUCUCUGGUUGAUGCAGGGAAUGUUCAAAGCCAAUGGGGGAUGUGGUUAUGUUAAGAAACCAGAUUUUCUGUUAAAGACUGGUCUUAAUAAUGAGGUCUUUGAUCCUAAAGCUCGUUUGCCGGUGAAGAAAACUUUGAAAGUGACUAUAUAUAUGGGGGAAGGAUGGUUUCAUGAUUUCAAGCACACGCACUUUGAUCAAUACUCACCCCCUGACUUCUAUGCAAGAGUGGGGAUUGCUGGAGUCCCUUAUGAUACUGUUAUGAAAAAAACAAAGAGCGUGGAGGAUAAUUGGUCUCCAUCAUGGAAUGAGGAAUUUAAGUUUCCACUUUCUGUUCCAGAACUGGCUCUGCUUCGUGUAGAAGUUCAUGAAUAUGACAUGUCUGAGAAAGAUGACUUUGGUGGCCAAACUUGCUUACCUGUGUGGGAACUGAGAAGUGGAAUUCGUGCAGUUCCAUUAUAUUCCCGCAAAGGAGAAAAGUACCACAAUGUGAAGCUUCUAAUGCGCUUUGAAUUCAUUUGA